UUUUUUUUUUCGUUUUGUGAUGUUUCAGAAAAUCGCUCAAGCAUUUAUUGAUUUUUUUAAUUUCCAGCUUAAAUCUAUUCAUAAAUUUUUGAACGGUGAAUUUAUACAGAGAGAAAUGUUGAAACCAUUAAACCUUUUGAAUUCUACCCUUUAAGCUCAGCUGAAUUUUUCUUCGCCUCACUCAGUUUUUUUUUUUUAAUUCCGCAUAUUUGUAGCAGUCAGUUUCUGUUUGUCUUUUGAUCGUUGAAGCUCUGUUUGUUUUCCGAGAAAAUCUGCAUUAUAUUCCGGGAAAAUUCGACCUCGCAUUGGGUUUUUUUUUUCUCGCUCUAAGCUUACGAAAUGCCGAGCAUUAGAGCUCCAGCUGCGAAGAAGACCACCACACUCACGGUCGCUGUGAAAUGUAGACCGUUAAUGGAGAAAGAACGAGGAAGAGACAUUGUUCGAGUGAAUAACUCUAAGGAAGUGAUUGUGUUGGACCCUGACUUAUCUAAAGAUUACCUUGACCGAAUUCAGAAUCGCACCAAAGAGAAGAAAUAUUGCUUUGAUCAUGCAUUUGGCCCCGAGAGCACGAACAAGAAUGUGUAUAAGAGUAUGUCGCCUGUGAUCUCUGGGGUUGUUCAUGGACUCAACGCUACAGUGUUUGCCUAUGGUUCCACUGGAAGUGGCAAAACGUAUACAAUGGUUGGAACUAGGAGUGAUCCUGGAUUGAUGGUUCUCAGCCUGAAUACCGUUUUUGAUAUGAUUAAGUGUGACAAGAGCUCUGAUGAGUUUGAAGUGACUUGCUCAUAUCUUGAAGUCUACAAUGAAGUUAUCUACGAUUUGCUUGAAAAAUCCUCUGGUCAUUUGGAGCUCAGAGAGGAUCCAGAGCAGGGGAUAGUAGUUGCAGGUCUACGAUCAAUCAAGGUCUAUUCCGCAGAUCGGAUUCUUGAGCUUCUGAACUUGGGGAACAGUAGACGAAAAACUGAGAGCACGGAGAUGAAUGGAACAUCAUCAAGGUCCCAUGCAGUUCUGGAGAUUGCAGUAAAAAGAAGGCAAAAGAAUCAAAAUCAAGUCAUGAGAGGGAAACUCGCCCUUGUAGAUCUUGCUGGCAGUGAAAGAGCAGCCGAGACGAACAAUGGAGGUCAAAAGCUGAGGGAUGGAGCCAAUAUUAAUCGCUCACUCCUCGCACUUGCAAAUUGCAUUAACGCUUUGGGGAAGCAACACAAAAAGGGUCUUGCGUAUGUUCCAUACAGAAACAGCAAACUUACGCGGAUUCUUAAAGAUGGUCUGAGUGGGAACUCCCAGACAGUGAUGGUUGCAACUAUAUCACCUGCUGAUAGUCAGUAUCAUCACACUGUGAACACACUGAAAUAUGCUGAUCGAGCAAAAGAGAUUAAGACACACAUUCAGAAAAAUAUUGGUACCAUAGACGCCCAUAUGUCAGACUACCAACGAAUGAUCGACAAUCUUCAAAGCGAGGUUUCUCAGCUGAAGAAGCAACUAGCAGAAAAAGAGUCGCAGCUAAGCAUCAAACCUUUCGAAAGAGGCAUUGAACGUGAGCUUUCGUGGUUGGAUGGUUUAAGCCACCAAAUCAGUGAAAAUGUUCAGGAACGCAUAAACUUACAGAAGGCAUUAUUUGAGCUUGAGGAAACUAACCUCAGAAACCGCACUGAACUUCAGCAUCUCGAUGAUGCCAUUGCGAAACAGGCGACCGAGAAAGAAGUAGUCGAAGCUCUAAGUAGCAGACGGCAAGUAAUACUUGAUAAUAUCCGCGACAAUGAUGAAGCCGGCGUUAACUACCAGCGAGAAAUAGAAGAAAAUGAAAAGCAUCGUUGCAAACUACAGGAUAUGCUCAAUGAAGCAAUAAAUAACAACGGAAACAAAACUUAUCUUCAUAUUCUCAAUCAGUAUAAGCUCUUGGGGAUGGGCAAUACCGAACUACAGUUCGAAAUGGCGAUGAGGGACCAAAUCAUUUACAACCAAAGGGAAGCUCAGAGAAACCUAUGGAACUUGCUCAUGGGUUUAGGAGUUGAAGAGAAACAAGUGCUCGACCUCGCUGCGAAACAAGGGAUCACAAUCGAAGACUGGAGUAUGGCGACGUAUCCGGGACUUCCUUACAGAAAACAGACACCGAGUUUCAUACCAACAAACAUCCCUUUCGUGGGGCACGCAUAUUCUCAAUCCUCAUGCACUUUCCAGAGCUAUAAUCAAGACUCUUCUUCUUCAAAAGGACAACAAUGGGGUCCGACUCCUACUCUAUGCAGAGAGGAACAUCACAGCUCUUUCUACUACAUGGGACACGAGCCACCUUCAUUUGUCAAUCUUAGGAAAAGCCACGAUGGUUGGGUUGGUGGUGGCAGACCAGCUCCACGGAUCGACACAGGAGGCAGUCAUCGUCGAGUCUCUUAUCCACAAACUGUAAACAGUUCUUCUCCACGGAUGGGUCCUAAGUUUUACCAGACUCCUCAAAGGGAAAUGUUGGUCAACACACCGAGUCCAUACGGUAGCCCACGAGCUGGCGUCACCAACACCCCGACCGUGCAACCUUUCUAUGGAAGUCCUCGAGCUGUCGCCGUGAGAAACGGUUCAUACAACAGCCCACGCGCCGCCGCCACUUUAGUAGCGACAUCCAAUGGUGCAAGAAACCAACAACGGGUGUACGGAACAAGCCCGCUUUCAGGAGACAAAGGAGCCAAGAACUCGUCGUACGGACAGACCAGCCACACAAAGGUGUACAGAGGAGGAGGAGGAGGAGGCAGUAAAGGUCACAAUAAAGGAAACAAAACUCAACGCCAACACCAAUGACAGACCACAGUUCGAUUUUUCAAGUCAGUUUCUGUCUGAGGCCCAGUUUUUGAAACGCCUCAGUCUCACUCUCUCACACGACUCGUUUUGUUUUGGUUUGUACAGAAAUUUCCACGGUAUCUUUUCUUUUUCUGUGACUUGAUUGAUGUGUGUAUAUAUAUAUGGGGAAAAAAAUAUAAUAAAGAAAGCCAAAUUUUCCGUUUUAUCAAUUUUUUUUUAAUUAAUUGAACGGUUUACCAAAUCAUUUUUGUUCUAUUCAAAAAUUGAAAAAUUAUACAACAUUUUCAUUGCAAA